AUGGACACAAUAGAGCAUGGAAGUCCUCUACCGAGAUCCUCUGAUAAUGGAAGCCCGAGCCCGCGCUUCACGGAGCAUUUGUAAGUGUCACUGGAAGCCCAUCUUUCAGAAUGCGAUGCUCAGGCUAACUAAAGCGAUAGCAACACAUCGCCGCCCUAUCAACAAUUCCAAAACUUUGAAGGAGAGAAUGCUCCCAUUCCAACCUAUGAUCCUCCCGAGCACCCGGUGCAUCCCAGGUUAUCCAAUAAAGACCGACCCUUUUCGCCGUCCGAAGUAACGUCUCCUAUGCCGCAAUCAUAUCAGCGGGAUGAUGAAGAGAAGGAAGUCGCGUUGCCUGCAGUGCAACCUGCUCCAUAUCAGCCUCCGCCUGGUGACCGCUCAAGUGGAAAGCGGAUAUGUGGAAUUCCGUUAGUGUGGUUCUGGUCGUUGAUCGCUGCAGUCGCAGUUAUUGCUAUUGGCUUAGGCGUCGGUCUUGGAGUCGGAUUGACACGGGGAAAUUCGUAAGUGCCGGUAGAGGUAGCAGUUGAUUCAUCGCUGACUUCAACGUAGAUCAUCUAAUUCGCGUCUGAAGAGCACAGCGGAUGACACGUACAUCAUUGGAGGCGCUAUCAAUCCGCAGUACUACUCUACAGAAGGAGCAUUCAAUGGCACCGGAAUUGCACUUGCUUCUCAGUCAUUCUCUCGAGACCUGCAGCAGGGAACACAAGGAACCCUCGUCAUGUAUUUCCAACAUUGGACUGGUCAAAUAAGAUGGAAGCAGCUAAGCUCGCAAGGGCAGUGGCUUGGUGGCGACAUCUCGCAAGUGGUCGCCGUGGAUGCCAAAAACUCGACGGCACUCUCCGCCGUUUCGUACGUCUCAAACGGGUCUUCGACGUGGCACGUGUUCUACAUUAGCCAGAACAACACCCUCAAGCAAAGGACAAACAGCAAUACUACGAAUAUCUGGGUCGACGGACCGAUCAACGACUUGCAUCUAAAGGUCUUUGACGCGGACAUGGUGGGCAUGCAGGCAUGUUGGUAUGGAAACGACUACGGCGAUAGCGACUAUACACACACUCCUUUGCCCAAUGGCAAUGGAGGCACGGUGGACAGCACUGGAGAAGUCGGAAUGCACAUGUGGUACGCCUCUGACAACUCGACUUUCCAGCAACUAGGUUGGCGAGACGGUGAUGUGGACUGGCGGCACCAAGGAGAGUUCAAGAAUAAGAAUGGCCACGCCGGUGUUGCUUGCUACAGCUGGGGUCCUGGAACGGUAUCGCAAUCGAGAUCAUCUGUAUGUAAGACAUCCGCUAAUCUCUGAGAAACAGGUCACAUAUGUUAUUUUCGUCAACCUGGAAAACACGGUAGAGUUCUGGUGGAAAGAUACCGCCACAAACCAAACCAACACCAUGUCGCAUCCCAUCAAUCAGUGGGUCAACUGUGAGUCUAUCAAUCCCCUCAAAAUUCACUGCUAUAUGACUGACUUCCCUCUAGCCUCCGUCGCUAUAAACAAUGUGUAUCCAGCCAGCUCCCUGGGCUACACCAACGCCUUCUACGCCCAAGACAAAGCCUCCUUAAUGAUCGAAGGCUUCAACGUCACCUGGGCAGCAGAAAACACCACCAUCGUCCAGCACAGCAGCUUCCAGGUACAAGGCGAACCCGGGCUUGCUGGAACCCACAUGAGCGUCUCCGCCAUCCCGAGACCGAGUGGCGGAGACGACCUAGUCGUUUUCUAUCAGACUAAUGGGAGCGAUAUCUCGGAGUAUGUACGCGAUCUCGUUGCUGGACAGUGGUCGAGCGUGGCGAUAAGUAUCCCGGCGCAAUGA